UGGACUUAAGCAGAACACUUUGCUUUUGCCACCCACCCACCCACUAUUUGCACAAAAUAACUUCAAGGGAAUACCUGUGCCAGAUGCUUCCCAGCUGCUAUGAAAAGUGAACAGCAAGACAAGAAGCUGGAUAGAAAAGCAGGAAUCAGAAGGUCUUUAGGACCCUGGGGCGUUUCUAUCAGCUUGUGUCCAAAACUUGCAGUUUGCUCAUUGGCUCAAAACAGGGAAAAAGGUCUUGCUUGUUUCUCUCUCUCCCCUCUCAGGAGAGGGAACAAAUAGCUUGCUUUCACCCUUUGUAAAGGAAGGUCAGAAUCAAGGCCAGGGUCCCAAGACACUGUGGGCUUCCUCUGGCUCUCUUCUAAAGAGCCUACUGAAUAGGUCUUCCUGUGCAGCUCUAACUGGUUCCUGUCACUGAAGAGAGCAGCUGGCGCAUUAGCCAAGAACACAGGUGUGGCUGCUCUAGUGGUAUCAGAUUCGGGUUUCCCUCAGCAGACCAAUCUGCAAAAGGAACACCUAGGUGGGUUUGAAGAUGCUGCUGCAGCUGCUCUCUGUCCUCUGGGAGGCCUUGUCCCUGCAGGUCGUUCUGGUGUUUCUGGCUACAUUUCUACUUCUUGCUGAUUACAAGAGAAAUAUUCGCCCAAGGAAUUACCCCCCAGGGCCCAUGCCUCUUCCUUUGCUGGGUAAUAUGCUACAUGUGGAUUUCAAGAAGCCUCACAUUUCAUUACAAAAGCUUAUAGAAAAAUAUGGCAAUGUCUACAGUCUUCAGGUUGGAAGCAUGAGGUUUGUGUUUGUGAAUGGAUUGCAUCUGGUGAAAGAGGCUCUUGUCCAUCAGGGUGAAAACUUUGUAGAUCGACCAAGUAGUCCUACUACCCAGGAAAUAUUUGGGACAUCUGGACUGGUCUUCUCUAAUGGUCUCAUCUGGAAACAACAAAGACGAUUUGCCUUAUCAACACUCAGAAACUUUGGUUUGGGCAAAAGGUCUUUAGAAGAAAGAAUACAGGAGGAAAGCCGUUACUUAAACGAAGCAAUAGAAGCUGAGAAAGGGCAGCCAUUUGACCCUCAAUUUCAGAUUCAUAAUGCUGUUUCAAAUAUCAUCUGUUCCAUCACUUUUGGGGACCGCUUUGAUUACCAUGACAGCCGUUUCCAUAAUUUAUUGCACCUGUUUGAGGAGACAAACCGCCUUCAGGGAAGUUUUUGGAGUGUGCUGUACGAUGCAUUUCCUACUGUCAUGAAGCACUUGCCAGGGCCCCAUCACACACUUUUUAAAAAAUGGGGGCAGGUGAAAUCCUUUGUGAGAGAAAUCAUUGAAAAACACAAAGAAGACUGGAACCCAUCUGAACCCAGAGACUUCAUUGACGCCUACCUAAAUGAAAUGGCCAAGGUGAGAGAUGAAAAGGAGGAUACCCCUUCCAGUUUCCAUGAAGAAAGCCUCCUACAAUCAACACUGAAUCUGUUUUCUGCUGGAACAGAAACAACUUCUACAACCCUGCGCUGGGCUUUGCUGUACAUGGCCAUAUACCCAGAAAUUCAAGCAAAAGUCCAAGCAGAAAUAGAUUCUGUGAUUGGCCAGUCUCAUCAGCCAGCAAUGGAUGACAGGGACAGCAUGCCGUAUACCAAUGCGGUUGUUCAUGAAAUUCAAAGAAUAAGCAACAUUGUGCCUGUGAAUUUGCCCCGGAUGACAACUAAGGACACUACACUCGCUGGGUUUCAUAUUCCCAAAGGAACCAUAAUGCUCGCCAAUUUGACCUCUGUGCUGUUUGACAAGGAUGAGUGGGAAACACCCAAUGAGUUUAAUCCUGGCCAUUUCCUGGAAAAUGAUCAGUUCAUGAAAAGGGAAGCGUUCUUGCCAUUCUCUGCAGGAAAGCGAGUUUGUCUGGGAGAGCAGUUGGCGAGGACUGAGCUCUUUCUUUUCUUCACUGCCCUAAUUCAGAAGUUCACUUUCCAAGCUCCAAAGAAUGAGACAUUAAGCCGUGAAUAUAGGAUGGGUUUGACAUUGUCUCCCCUGCCAUACCGGAUAUGUGCAUUCUCUCGCUAAGGGACCCAUCUUAUAGCAUUGUCAUUUCUUUAAAAAGUUGGAUUAGUUUGUGGGGCAGAAACACACCUGUGGCUUAGUAUUAAUUAUGUUAAGCUAGAAUUGAUUAGGACUUAACCCAAGUAAGUAGGGUUGGAAUUGCAGCCUGUACCUUUAAAAAAAGUGCAUUCAAUCCACAUUUCCCCCCUCAAGGAAUUCAGGCAACUAUAACUUAAGGCUGCUGGGAAUUGUAGCUCUUUGAAGGGUAAACUACAUUUCCCAUGAUUCUCGGGGGGGGGGGGUGUAUGUAUGCAAAUAAUAUUGUUUCAUUGGUGAGGAUCCAAAUUCUAUACCCCCCACUUCUUGGUCAGGCGGUCUAUCCCCCAUCCCACUAUUUUCAAUAUUAUUAUGUCCUGGUUGUAGUGAAGAAAAGGCAUUGCUUGCCCUAAUGGAAUUCUUGCCUAUGUUUAUAAAAUUAGAAGAUGUUGCUUUGAAAAUAUUGUUACAUAACCAAUUCAUAGACUCAUAGAAUUUCAGAGUUGCAAGGGACCCCAAGGCUAAUCUAGGGCUGCCAUAUAUCUGGGUUUUCCCGGACACAUCCAGGAAUUGGGCUGCAAAAUGAUGUCUGGGCAGAUUUUUGCUGAAUAGGCAAAAUGUUUGAGAAAAAUAGGGGCACUUUUUUAAAAAACAACAACAACAAAAUUUAUA